UUUCAGGUAGCUGUCCUGGUCGUGGCUUUGGGCGUGGCGGUCGCCUUCCCCUCGGAUCUGUACGCCCCUCAUCGCCCUUCGUACAAAGAUACACCCAAGCCAUAUAAUUAUGCCUAUGACGUCAACGACCACCACGCCGGCACCGACUUCGGCCACAGCGAAGACUCGGACGGCAGGACAGUCAAGGGAUCCUACAACGUGCAGCUUCCUGAUGGCCGCAAACAGACGGUGAAUUACAUGGCAGACCACUACAAUGGCUACCAGGCCGACGUCAACUACCACGGCGAGGCCCAGUUCCCCCGUCAGUAUGGUCCCGCCGCCACCUACAGGCCGCAGCCAUACCAUGCACUUCCUUCCUACAAACCCCGGCCUUCCUACCAUUAACUAGAAUCCCGAAGAAUUGUUAUACAUGUUACUAUGCACC